AUGUCAAAUAAAGAACCAAGAAAAUCUUCUCUUGAGGAUGACGAUGAAUUCGAGGAUUUCCCAGCUGAUUCUUGGCCAUCGCAACCUGUUUCACAAGAUCUAACAAAAGAUUCAAACCUUUGGGCUGAAGACUGGGACGAUAUCGAAGUAGAGGAUGAUUUCACCAAGGAAUUGAAAAAGGAGCUAGAGAAUUAA